UUUGUUCUGUUUUGGAUUGUUUCAUCAUAGGGCUUUCAAGGUUAAAAAUAUUCAGAAGUGGUUUACCACUGCCUUCUUCUGAGCAUUAAUACCAUAGUUAGCUUGAGCAUCACUGCUGAUAUCCAUGAAAUCACCUCCUUCAGUGUCACCUUCAGCUAUUGCUGGUGCCCAGCAGUUUCCCUUGCGGAGUUUGUCCAUCUUUGUGACCAUUAGAGAUAACCAUUCUCGUCCACUGAUGUGACCACUAUUCAUUCUGAGGAUUUAAGUGUCUUAGUCUGGUGUCUCAGUUUUGACCAUUCUGCCUUGGGUGACCCUGCUGGAGACCAGCCUAGUAAGAGAGUUUGGCCUCCUGGUGGCAUUGCUCGAGUUCUCUCUCAACCUCUCCUGCCACUUUAGGGUGUGCAUCGAAGAAGAGCGCAUUGAUUGUCACAUACAUGGUUUAUCAAGAAUUUCAAUUGUAUAUUGUAUUCAUUUAAGAUUUACAGACAGUAGGCAGAGGUCGUGCCUAAUUUUGCUUCACCACACACCCUCUUUGCUCAUUCAUAUUCUCUCUCUCCCCCGCAGGGCAUGUGUGUGCACACACCAACAGUUCACACAUAUGUGGUUUUUAGUCCAUGGAAGCUUAUGCCACAACAGUCUUAAAGGUGCCACUAGACUUUUUGGUUCAGGACACGGCAAUACUGUAUUUUUCCCAAGCGAAAAGAACUUAUGAAACAAGGCAGGGAUAUGAAAUGGUUACUGGGCAUCUUUUAUACCUGAUUAUCUAACUGGAUUAUCAAUUCUCUCAAGCUGUUGACUUCUCUGCUUUAUACAAAAAGCACAAUCUGGCUUCCAAUCUAAACUGGCAGCGCUGCCCCUUGUUAACAGGCUUAUAAAGUUGUUAUGGUAACGGGAGAGCUGAGAUUAGAUUUAUUUACAUGACGGUUAAAGACUGCCAUAAGCAAUAAAAUAAACAUCACCAUCAUUUUUGCCAUAGUUCUCUGAGAUUUAUAAGUGCCUGUUGAACAAACACAACCAGCUUGGAACAUGCAUACACAUGCUGAAAGCUUGUUCUCACUUGCCUUGAUCAAUACGUGGCUUGCUGGUUUAAUUAAGUUUGUUAGUUUGAGAAGGGGACAUUUUCCUAUUCAACUCAGCCUGUGCAACAAAUUCCUCUCAUUGUUUCUUUAGCUCUCUGUCUGCUUCAGCCAGGAUUUUCUAGGCUGCCCCUUUCUUUGGAAGAAGAAUGUGUGCAUAAGGAUAUUUUGGAUAUUUACAGUGUGCUCAGAAUUGCUUUUCUUUGACCUCCGGUAUGGAUAUACGAUUUGCAUACCAUGUGGCUUGAUAGAGUGGAAAGACAUUUGAGAAGUUUUGAGCAGCAUUUUUCAAAAUGAGGAUUUUUGUUGCCUUUGAAGGACUUUGCGAAUCUUUUGACAUUUCUUCAGAGAAUACAGUGAAAGAGGAUUAUUUUCAUGUUCCUCUUUCUGAAGACAAGCAAGGCAGGAGAUAUUUGGAGCUGAUGUAUGCAGGAGCAGUGUUGAAGGACAGCUGGGUACUUGCUGAUGUUGGCAUAUCAGUUUCUUCCACAAUUAAGUGUGUUGUUAAGGAAGAAGACAAGCCAAUCGUCUACAUAUACAAUGCUGUCACUCAUGAAAAAAUGCCCAUAAUGGGAAGGAUUUAUCUGCUUGCAUCAAAGGUUUCUCAGCUAAAAACCCUGGUAACCCUGAAGUGUGGCUUCCCAAACAAUACUUAUUGCCUCAGAACUCCAGAAGGCAGGGAGAUGUAUGACUGCAAUACCUUGAGCGAUUAUCAGUUAGAUAUAGGCACAACUCUUCAUUUGGAUGUUUGGGAUGGAUGGAAAGAAUUCCUGACUGGCUGUCUCUUAGGAAAUCAACGCAAGGUCCAACACUAUCUGUCAAAGGAAGAUCCAGUACUCAAAUAUCAAAAGAGGGUAGCUCUUUAUAUGGCAGCCUUUUUUGGGCACCUUCAGCUUUCAGCGUGGCUCCUAAAGCAGGGAGCGAGGCCCACUGAAGCAGUUGGUGUACAUCCCUAUCGUGAGUGGUGUCAUAAAAACAACCAUCCCGAUGUCAAGAAAUGCCCUGUCCAUGCGGCAGCUGAAGCAGGCCAACUUAUGAUGCUGAAAGCCUUCAUCAAUUACAGUGUCCUGUGCCUCCAGUGCCCAAACGCUACAGGGCAAACUCCACUGAAGUUAUGCAUCCAACACAGACAUAAGGACUGUGUGCUGUAUUUAGUCACCAAGAUAUGGUCAGUGGUUUCUUACCCUAAUUUCUCCCUUUCCAUGAAAAUCUACAUUAAAUUAAAGCUGUGGCUUCUGACGGCUCAAAAUAACAUCAAUACGAAAAAGCGACGCAACCAGACAGCAGUCUUCAGAACACGAGUUGGGGAUGUUGUCCUUGUGGAUGGUUUCACAAAAGCAAAAAUGACUUCCAAAAGUUUUUAUUCAGCAACAGUGCAAGAGGCAGACAACAGAGGCUACAAACUGCCAAACUUAAAUAAUCAUGGGCAGGGUGUGUGCCGCUUGACAGUUCCAGGGCGGUAUCUCAAAGGGACGUGUGUAGAAUUACCUCCAGUGCUGGAUGCUAACAAAAGAGCUAACACAAAAAGAUGUCAUCAAAAGAAGAAAAGCAGAAAGAAAAAUGUGCACUGUAGCAAUGAAGAAUAUAUGGAUCAAAAUAUGUGUUUAACCAGAGUUCCUCUACCACCUAAUUCUGUCCUCAAGCCAGCUUAUUAUUAUUCCAUACCCAAUGCAAAGCUUCUGCUAAAUCCUUCUCUACAGUCCUUUUCAGAACACAGUGGCAGAACGACAAGGGAGAAUGCAAUCUACUGUUUAGCCAUAGCCAGACGCUGCCCAUUCUGUGCUGCCUGCAGAUUACAAGUCCUCUUAAAAUGUUCUGACCAUUUGCUGCCACUCCUGUCUAGAACUUCUACCUACCACAUCUAUGCUCUGCCAAUAGACAAGCUCCAGUUUUUGUUGUUGUUGUUUUGUUAAGUUAUACUUGCAAGUUUGACCCAACUUUCCUGAACCUGGUGCUCCCCAAAUGGGUUGGACGGCAAUGCUGACUGGGGAUGAUGGGAGCUGUAGUCAAAUAGGCUCCUAUUUUGGAGGGGGAAGCUGGUUUAGUUGCUAAAUGCUUAAUAAAGCCUAAAUACAGGUGCAGGGGCUCCCAUUAAACCCAACCCUUGUUACUCCUUCUCCUUUGUCCUCCUUUCCCUCUAUCUCCCUCCUUGGUAAAAUGCAGAUUGCAACCUCCUCAGGGCAGAUACCUGCCUUUUGCUUGUGUUACUUGGUAAAGAUGUAUGUAAACUGAUGGUGCUAUAGGAAUACUAGCAGUAAUAUUGAUAAUCCAGGGGAAAAAGCUGAUGUCACUCUUUCCUCUGCAGCCUCUGCUUUCCUCCCCAGUCUGCAACAUAUGUUCCCCAAAUGCUCCAUUGCAAAUGUUGUGGGUGGAGGGGGGAAUUGCUCCCUUCCAGUCCUGCUGAUGGAAGCAGCCUCAUGAGCAGAAAUCCUUUACUAGGUUCUACAAAAGGUACAUAUUCCAACUAUGCUAUUAUUACAAACUCAACCUCCUUUAUUACAGCAGAGUUUGAGGGUGUGAGGUUUACAUAUAUGCAAAACUAUAUACUCUUCUUGGCAGCACAAGUCACGAACAUUGUGUUUCAAUCUUCUGUUGCAGUGCAUUUAAAGAGAAACCAUGGCUCCAACAACUGGGCAUUGCAAGAACCUUGGCUAAAAAAAGCAUAUGCCAGCCCCUGUACUGAUCAGACCCAGGACACAG